CCUCAGGAGUCGCAGGCAUUCAGGUCAGGAUGGCACCAGUUUGGUGUCAGCUCAGGUUUGGACCAUGGCGCCCCCUAUUGUUUGGCACACAGAUGUUCAGAGGGCUGUUCACAGUUCCAGUAAAGGCACUAUAUACAUUACCGCUCUUGAUGUCAGACCCCCUGGAGGCCAGGUGGGGGGGUGGGGUCCCGUUCCAGUGGCUGCCUCCAUCCGCUUAAAGCCGUUUGUCUUUUGGCUCUUCUGGCAGGCAGCAUUUUGAGAGCAUUGAGGUCCUGGAGGUCUGGCGCUGCUGGGCAGGAUGGCACACAACUCAUCACAGGUGACCUUCAACACUACAGGACUCCGCUUGAUGUCCCACAUCUCCUUCCUGGACUGGCCUGGCUGGAUUCUCCUGGUGACACCGGCAUCUGCUCUCCUCCUGGGGUCGCUGCUCUUUAUGCUGGCUCUGUGGCAGCGCAGACGAGAGCAUCGGGUGAUGCAGCAGAAUUUGAGAUGCCGGGAGGAGAGGAUGAAGACCUUCGUGAGCUUCUUCAAAGACAAGUCCAAUGGAAGUGCCCUGGAGUCAAUCUGUAGACAACCAGAUCAGAAGGGCCCAAUGGACGAUGCUGUCUCCUAUGAGAAUGUGGGAGCUGGACAAGUGGUGGAUUCCAAGAUGAACUUGCCAGAGGAGGAGGAUUAUCUCAUUCCUGAUGAGGAGGAAAUUAUUGAGAAGAUGGAGACCUCUUGUCAGCUCAGAGUCAACGAUUAUGUUAACCCAGAUGACAAAGAAGAUGAGACAAAGAACAGUGAGAUGAUGUCUGCAGAGCCAGAGCAGGAGGGACUGGCCAGUCACACAGAGAUGGAUGCAGAGUCCUAUGAGAAUAUGAGCAACGGUGCCCCCUACAGGACAAGUGGAGACAGUGGUGAGGAAAAGGAGCAGGAGGAAGACGCCCAGUCCUAUGAGAAUAUGGAGGGUCAUCUGCCCAGUGGGGACACCUGUCAGUUCAGUGGAGCAGCUGAGUGGGAGAGAGAAGCAGGACGAUUCUGUGAUGAUGCGGACCCCUCAGUGUACGCCAUACCUCAGAACUGCAGCACUCCCCUCAGGACAUUGAGUGGGGCCAACAUGGAGGACGACAACGACUCUUAUGAGAACAUGGAGGCAGCCGACUUGGCUACUGCAGCAGUGGUACAAGCAGACUCUUGGAUGUGGGGCUCAAACAACAGUGGACACUACCAGAACUUCAGCAUCAAGGGACAUCUCCAGCAGGGGGCACUGUGCCCAGCUCUUGACAUUAAAGAAGACAGAAAGACAGUAGAAGAGCAGGAAAGCUGAGUCAUGGUGGACAGUUAGAGGGUCUCAGGACGUCAACAUCAGAAGAGUGGGGUCACAUUGGAGGGCAGGGGUAUAAGUCCACAAUGACACUGAAGUCAGCAAGCUGAGGUGUCAUUGAGUCACAAAACAAAAUGGCAGUGAGGGGCCAUCCCAAGAGGGCAAAGAGACCACUGGGAUAUCCUCACUUUGCCCACCAUAGUGGCUGAACUGACCCAGGCCGAAGACUUUGGGGGCAGUGGGCUAACCGCAGCUUCAGUAAUUACAUUAUCUGUGUGUCUCUGUGGAUGUAAAUGUCAUGGGGAAAGCUUCAUGCUGGCCAUCUCUGAGUGACGUGGGGUCUGUGAAGUGAAGGGCCACCUCCUCAGUGUCACCUGCCAGUGACACUGGGGACAUGAAGGACUCAGUGUCUGAAGACCCCUGGAGGAGGACGGAGAAGACAGGCCACUCUACCCAGCAGCCUGGCGUUGUUCUCCCAUUUAAAGAUGGAGGUCCUGACCUCUCUGGUGGUGCCCCCUUGUGGCUGAUACUUUCAUUAACAGUCUGUGUGUUUUGGUUUAAUUGUUGUGUCCAUCUGGUGUCAAUGACCGGCUUUCUGUUUGCGUUCUAACAAAUUUACUAAAGUUUUCAGCAUUUUUGAUUCCAUAA